UCAUCGCGAUCGGUACACAGUAGUAACAUCUCACUGACGUAGUGUUUCGUUUACUAUAACUAAUAAAAUAAAUCAUGCAACUUAAAGUGAUCGUAAUUUCAGUGCUGCUGGCUUCCAUUAGCUGUGAUCACACAAGUUCACCUGAGUGCGGUAUUCCGCGAAACGUUGCCGUCUCCUUGAUCCGAUAUGGACAGAACACCACUCGUGGGGAUUGGCCUUGGCACGCGGCCAUUUUCCACCGCAAUUCGACUUGGAUCGAAAACGUCUGCGGUGGAACCAUAAUCAGUCAAAAAUUUAUUGUUACGGCAGCACAUUGUGUUGCUGGGAAUAAUAAGCUUUCGCUCCCAUUGAAACGUGUACUGGUGCAAGUUGGUUUGUACGAUCUGGACGUGUUAAAUCCAGCAUUUUCCCAGAAGCGCGAUGUCAAGCGAAUUCUUAUGCAUGAGGGUUUCUCUGGAAUAGAAAACGACAUAGCAUUAAUUGAACCUAGUUUUCCUAUCGUCUUCAAUAACUAUGUUCUGCCGGUAUGCAUGAAUUUAGAGUCGGACAUUACUGGAGAACUCGGUACUGUCGUGGGGUGGGGCAUAACGGAAAAUGAUAGAAUAUCUCCUGUAUUGAGAAAGGUAGAAAUUCCUGUGGUUAACACAUCCACCUGUUUAGAAAGUGACCGAGAUCUUUUCGGCCAAAGCCUGUCCAACGGUGUAAUCUGCGCUGGAUAUAAUGAUAAAGCAACUGUCUGUAAUGGAGACAGCGGAGGAGGUAUGGUUUUCAAAAGGUGCAAUAAAUGGUUUUUGGGUGCAAUUGUGUCCUUCACACGAAAACGGCCUGACGGAUCUAACAAAUGUCAUACGGCAAGUUAUGCAGCGUUCGUGAGGGUUCAGCACUAUAUAUCGUGGAUAAGCGACAACACAGGAAUGAGUAUUAAGCCUUUUGUAUGUAAAGACCCAGGGAACUCACUACAGUGCGGCAAACGGAAAAUCGAGACUGACAACGUGAUCACGGAUGAACGGGAAACGUUUCAUGGAGAAUGGCCGUGGAACGCAGCCAUCUAUCUUCGGAAGGGGAGCUCGCACAUUUACUUAUGCGGCGGAACCAUUAUUCACCGACGGUAUAUUCUGACCACAGAAAAUUGCAUCCAAGAUCGGACCAAUAGCAUGAACUAUGCACCGAAUAAAUUGUUUGUUCGUGUAGGGAUUCACAAUCUGGACACGCUAAAUUCGGAUACCAUGCAACAGUAUGAUGUCGACAAGUAUUAUGUUCGAACACUUAAAAUAGCGUUGCUUGCACUUCAAACUAAUAUUAGUUAUACCAACUACGUUCAGCCAGCAUGCUUGUAUACUAAAAAGGUCAUUACGGGAGAUCUGGGUACUGUUGUUGGAUGGGGAUCGACACAGGGUAUUGAUUUAUCUUCGGAAUUGAGAAAGACAACCAUCUCAGUGAUCAAUGUGAAUGACUGCUCGCGAAGUCGUCGAAUAAGACGUCGAACAAAAUACAAUGAUGCUCUGGACGCGGAAAAAUUCUGCGGUGGAUUUAUUUACGGUUCUAUUAUCUGCUCCGGUUUCGGUGGAGGAGGGGUGUUCUUUAGAAGUGGUGACAGAUGGUUUUUAGGAGGCAUCGUACCAGUCGCAGUAGAUUUACAUGUAAAUUGUGUUACGAAGGGCAAUCGUUGGAUUAUGAACGUUUAUCAUUUCCUGCCGUGGAUCGCGGAAAAGACACGCGUUAGUUUUUAGGGUGAGUUCACUGUCGUAUUGCGAAAAUAGUUCAGUAGUAGAACCAGACGAAGCAAAUAUCAAUUCUCAAUAACUCUGCAGACGCGGGUAAUAAAAAUGUAAUGCUCUGUGAGCAAGACCUAGUCCAAACAGGAUUGUAUAUACUAAGGAAAAAGUAGUGUGAUUUAUUCAUAAAAAAGAGUUAGCUCUCAUCUAAUUAUAACUACGAGUUACAUCAAGUUCCCCUCUACGGUAAGAAGAAAAUUACUGCUUAAAGUG